UGGCGUUGUCCGUACCUAGCUACAAUCGGCCAAAUCUAUUGUAGCAACAUGCUAGUUGCAAACUGCGGCUCAGAACUUCGUUGUCCGUCUGGCAAGGCGCAUUUCUCCACUCCGUCGACAGCCGACGCAGUAGUGGCUAGGUGUCAAGGCUGUUGUCGAAAUUCCGACACGUGGCAAGAGCGUUAGUUGUAAGACUAUCCAGCCAGGAGGAACAGCUCGAAUCUGGCGUGGUCUGCCUCACAAUGGCUCUCGUGAUCGACAGGAUGUUUGACGAGUACCAACAGUACAUGGAAGACCACCGAGAUCGGAGGAGCUUGAACUUUCCGCUGGUGAAUACGGUAUGGCCGGUGGUGACGAUCAUAGCCACGUACCUGUAUGUGGUUCUAAGGGCUGGACCAAAGUACAUGGAGCAGCGGAAGCCAUAUGAUCUGAAGACUGUGAUCAGGAUAUACAACAUAGUGCAAGUAGUUGCCAAUGGGGGUUACUUCAUCGCAGUUAUGUACCUCAUGCUACGCUGGGAAAACUUUUCAUUCAAAUGUCAACCAGUAAACUACAGUGAAUCCAAGCAAGGAUAUGAAGAGCUAUACUUAUCGUACGGAUAUUUCCUGUUGAAAGUGCUAGAUUUAGCAGAUACAGUAUUUUUCGUUUUACGUAAAAAACAAUCACACGUAUCGUUUCUGCAUGUGUAUCACCAUGCGGUUAUGGUGACAUUGAGUUUCUUGGCUGUGAUAUUUGUUCCAGGUGGCCACGUCAUCAUGCUCGGCGUAUGGAACUCUCUGGUGCACGCCGUAAUGUACUUCUACUACUAUCUCGCCUCGUACGGAAAUCAGAAUUCCUGGAAGAAAUAUUUGACCCGACUACAGUUGGUGCAGUUUAUUCACAUGGGCUUCCACUUCGGGCGACCGGCCUUGAUGGGACUAAAUUGUGGAUUUCCGAGGAUCUGGCACUGGGUUGGAUUCCUUCAGGCGGUGUUCAUACUGGGAAUGUUUCUGGACUUUUACGUAAAGGCGUACGUUUCGAAGAGUCGAGGAAGCGCCAAGAAGAUAACAUAGGUUUUUGAGUUUAGAUAUUGUUUUAAUGAUCCAAUGUGUAACGAAGAAAAUAAAACAAAUAUUAUUUUUUGUUAAAAUUUGUUUCUAGAUGGUCACAAAAAACUUGAAGCUAGAGCUCCAAUGACCAACGGUUCUAAAAGAAUGAUUAAUAUGUCUAAACACAUAGACACAUGGUCCUGGUUUAGAAUUUCAGGAGUCCCACAAAAAUGUGUUAGCGCACGAAACAUUUCUUUG